AUUUUCCCUGCAAGGAAGCAACCAUGAAGCUUUUAUUCAAAAUUCAUAGCAAAACUGAACAAUAAAUAUUAAGCUUACUCUAUCCUGCAUUGUACUUCCUCUAGCGAUGUAACCCAUGGACAAACACAAUUGAUUCUCUGCAGUGCUGUGUAAAUAUCUGGAACGGUAAAAUAGUGAUCCCCUUUUCCAAAGAAAGGGAAAAUAGAAAUCUAGAGGAAAGGUUUUGUUUCUAAAUGAACUGUAAUGGAAUAUAAACAACACCUAUUAGCCCAAUGGGGAUCUGAAAUCCCUACCAAUUUAUUUGGAAUUAAUCCAAGGAAAUUCAGCACUCUUACGCACUUUUUUAUUUGCCAUGGUUGAACAGGUUCCUUGGUACUUCCAAAGAUGGAUCAUCCAAAAAAUAUAGUGACACAACUUAUCCCGGAAGAGCAUAGGUCGAAAUGGAUUGCACGUAGCAACCAUAAUGUGAAAUGUUUUACAGAAGAGGAGAUAAGAAGAUUUACCAGCAACUAUGGGACUGUAGUCGGUAGAGGUGCGUUUGGAGAGGUUUAUCAAGGAGUCCUUGAGGACAAAAGUAAGGUUGCAGUCAAGAGGUUUAUCUACAAUGUAAAAGAAAAUUUUGCCAAAGAGUUGAUCGUCCACCGUGAGAUCAAUCACAAGAAUGUAGUAAGAUUAGUCGGCUACUGUAUAGAUGAAAAUGCUCUGAUGGUGGUCAUGGAGUAUAUUCCUAAAGGAAAUCUGAGUAACAUACUUCACCAUGAUAGUAGUCCCAUAGCUUUGGAUACACGGUUAAGAAUUGCCAUUGAAUGUGCAGAAGCGUUGGGCUAUAUGCAUUCACAAAUGUAUACUCAGGUUAUUCAUGGUGAUAUCAAGCCUGCUAAUAUACUUCUGGAUGAUGGACUCGGAGCAAAAAUAUCAGACUUUGGAAUAUCAAGACUAGUCAACACUAAAAAGACUCUAUAUACUGUAAAUGUGAUAGGAAGUAUAGGUUACAUGGACCCUCUGUUUGCUCAGAAUGGUCGCCUCACAGCAAAGAGUGAUGUUUAUAGUUUUGGAGUUGUACUCCUGGAACUGAUUACUAGAAAAAAAGCAAGAACAGAGGAUGGGGAGAUUGGCUUGGUUGAAAGUUUUAUUCAGUCUCUUUCAAAAGGGUUUAGGAGGGUGAGGGAGAUGUUUGAUCCGGAAAUUGUAACAUCGAGCAACAUGAAGAUUAUCGAAGAGAUUGCUAGGUUGGCAUGUAAAUGCUUGAGGAUGGAACACGACAAACGCCCUGAGAUGUUAGAAGUUGCAGAAUGUCUUCGUAAACUUAGAAAGGCUCCACAUCAGGUACAAGAAAGACUAGCUCUGUUUUCUUGGGUGAGGAAAAAUAAGCAAGCUCCAGCAGAAACACCAUUGGUGGAAACUGUAGCUCCAGCAGAAACAACGCCAAACACGGUGAGGAAAAAUAAGCAAGCUCCAGCUGAAACACCAUUGACUGUAGCUCCAGCAGAAACAACGCCAAACACGGUGAGGAAAAAUAAGCAAGCUCCAGCAGAAACACCAUUGGUGGAAACUGUAGCUCCAGCAGAAACAACGCCAAACACGGUGAGGAAAAAUAAGCAAGCUCCAGCUGAAACACCAUUGACUGUAGCUCCAGCAGAAACAACGCCAAACACGGUGAGGAAAAAUAAGCAAGCUCCAGCUGAAAGUCCAUUGGUGGAAACUGUAGCUGCAGCAGAAACAACGCCAAACACGGUGAGGAAAAAUAAGCAAGCUCCAGCUGAAACACCAUUGGUGGAAGCUGUAGCUCCAGCAGAAACAACGCCAAACACGCCAUCACAAGAAAGCAAUGCCAGUAACCCGAAAACGGUCAUUGUGGCCCCAGCCAAAGCGGCACUAUCACAGGAAAACAGUAGUAGUACCCAAUAUGUGGGAACUUUUAUUGUUAGGCCGACAGUGGCUAGCCAAUUGUUUGAGCUGGACGACCUGCUCCGGGCACCGGCUGAAAUUCUGGGCAAAGGUACAGUCGGGACAACAUUCAAAGCCACACUUGAUAGUGGAUAUGAGCUGGUGGUCAGGAGGCUGAGGGGUGUGAACUUGCCGAAGGCGGAGUUUGAGCAGCAUAUCAGGCUCAUCGGCUCCAUCCAGAACAAGCACAUUGUUCCACUGCGGUGGUAUUACUGUGAAAAAGGUUCUGGCCUAGCUCCACUGGACUGGGAGCAGCGGUUGGCUAUCUCACUAGCUGCUGCCCGGGGUGUGCAGGCUAUCCAUUUAGCUGGACCAUCGAGCUAUCAUGGCAACAUCAAGUCUUCCAACAUCCUGCUCACCGGAACCCACGACGCAUGUGUGUCGGAGCAUGGCCUGAUAAGACUUGGCAAUUAUUCCAAUUCCUCGGGCUACCGUGCACCUGAGGUCACCCACAAUAGGUGGGUCUCCCAGAAAUCUGAUGUGUACAGCUUCGGCAUCCUAUUGCUGGAGCUUCUCACUCGCAAGUCUCAGGAUAAGGAGCGAGUAGAUUUGCCACGGUGGGUGUGUUCCAUUAUACCCGAGGAGUGGAUGGCAGAGGCUUUCGACGUUGAGCUCCGAGAACAGGAGCAGAAGGAUGGCGAAGAGGAGUGCAUGGUGCGACUUCUGCAGCUCGGCAUAAACUGUUGCAGUCAAGAUCCCGGCUCGAGGCCUGCAAUGUCUGAUGUCGUGCAGCAGAUCGAGGAGAUCCAACAGUCCUGAU